AUGAUGCUCGCCGCCGCGGGCGCCGCCACCCCGCCCGGGCGACCCGCUGCGCACCGCGGCGCGUUCGGCGAGGUCGGCUGCCUUCGGGUCGGGCAGGCCGCCAAUGCGGUGGCGCUGGCGGGGCACUGCAGGAGCGCCGCCGUUGCGCUUCAGAACCACACGCUCCAUUGCGUGAGGGUGUGGAAUGUGGAGGAAGCGGCGCUCGCUGCCAGGAAGGCGGGGGCUCCCCACGACGCUCCAGUCCACUGCGCCGAGUUCUCGCCCGACGGAGCGCGCGUCAUCUUCGGCUCCGCGGAUGGGACCGUGAGCACGUGGAACUUCCAGACAGGCGAGCAGGAGGUGCGGCUCGGAGGGCACCAGGGCGCAGUUCUCGGAAUCCGCGCAGGGGCGCUGCUGGACACCGCCACCUUCUGCGCCGUCUCGUGUGGCCGCGACGGCACUCUGCGGCUCUGGCGCCUCCCCGCCGGGGCCGAGGCGCGCGCGGCCCCGGCGUCCCCGGCGCAGGACCUGCGCGCCGCCCUGCACGCCUCGGGGGCCCUCAACCGGCAGCUGCGCCGGCGGCUGGCGGAGGCCGAGGGGUGCGGCCCAGAGUUCGCCUCG